UAAUGAAAUAGAUGAGAGAUCGCUCCUCUUCUGAAGAGUAUGAUUAAAUUUUUGAUGGCAAGAAGUAAUCUCCAGUUUAAGAUAAGAAGGGCAAGAAAUAGAGUUAUACAUUUGAGGAUGGAUAAUAUUUUUUUGAUGUAAAUUUUGUUCUUUUAGAAUAUUUAAAGCUUACAACUUAUAAAAAGAUUGCAAUAUCCAAAUUCAAAGGAAAUACAAUGAUU